AUGGCACCGACUGCAAUUGACCCAGUAAUACUCGACGUCGUCCAGCCAAAGAAGGACACGCUGAACCUACCUACCGAAUCGCGCAAGCGGCUCGAAAAAGCCGGAAUAGAUUUAUCCAGCGGGUAUCCCUAUCGCCCUGCGAAGCCUUUGUACCUACAAGAUGUCCAAAAGAUCCGCGAUUACCACCGCGAGCAUGUCGACCCUGGCGCAAGAGCCGAUCCCGCAAAGCGUGCUUUAUUCUCUGCCGCCGAGAAGGUCGUCGACUUGACUGCGCAUAUUGGAACUGAGAUAGUAGGGUUACAAUUGAAGGAUCUGACCGACCAACAGAAAGACGAGCUGGGUCUGCUUAUCGCCGAAAGGAGCGUCGUCUUCUUCCGGGACCAGGAUAUAUCGCCGCAGCAGCAGAGGUCUCUGGGCGAAUGGUAUGGAGAGGUUGAAGUGCAUCCUCAAGUACCCCAGGUGCCAGGUGUCGCUGGCGUAACAGUAAUCUGGCCGGAGCUGCAAGCAACAGAAGCCAAAGCCAACUUCCGCAAUCCAGGGGGCGCUUCCCGCUGGCAUUCGGACCUAGUACACGAACGCCAGCCGGCAGGGGUAACCCAUCUUCACAACGACACCGUUCCUACAGUGGGAGGGGACACUCUCUGGGCCAGUGGUUACUCAGCUUACGAAAAGCUCUCGCCCAACUUUCGCAAGAUCAUCGACGGCAAGAAGGCUGUCUACCGUUCUGCUCAUGCCUACCUUGACCGAGAUGAUCCCACGGCCGGGCCCAAGUACGUGGAGCGUGUCCAUCCACUGGUGAGGGUCCAUCCUGCGACUGGGUGGAAGGCGCUCUGGGUAAAUCGAGCGAUGACCGUCAGGAUUGUGGGCUUAGACAAGGCCGAGAGCGAUCUCAUCCUCGGGUAUCUGUAUGAUGUUUAUGAGAAGAACGUCGACAUACAGGUUCGAUUCAAAUGGACGCCGCGUACGAGUGCGUUGUGGGACAAUAGAAUUACCAUUCACAACGCGAGCUGGGAUUACGAAGGUAGCCAACCUAGACACGGCACAAGGGUCACAGCUCUAGCUGAAGCUCCUUACUUUCAAGAGGACGCAUCAAGUAGAAGGGAAGCGUUAGGUCUUGCCGUCGAUGAGUAG